AUGGUAUCCAGCCAAUCAUCCGUUCUGUCGCUGUUCUUAGUGGCUUGUGGCUUGUUGAUGCUAGGCGCAAGGAGCCAGCAACAUGUACAACAAAGAACAACAAGCAGAAAAUCUGGCAGUAUUCGAAGAAACUUGGGUGCUGAUUGCGAGAAAACUUGCAAGAAUGCCCCCUUCAAAGAUUUGGAGUAUUUUGAUGGUGAUGUCCUGCUAAAGCCAGAGGAAAUGUUGGGGCGACUCAAGAGGCAUCGCAAAAUGUGGGUGGAGGAACAACUGAAGAAGGACUAUGGAGAUGAAAACUACAACAACAUGUUUGAGCCAAUGGAACUACAAACAGAGGAAGAAGUUCAAGUCAGUGCUGGACGCCAACGAAUCUUUCAAGAUCCCGCCAUCUUACCAAAGACCAAACGUCCCGACCGAGAGACACUGCCCACAGAAGGACCAGCAUGGAGUAGGAUGGUUCGGAAAAUUCAAAUGAAAGUUUUGCAAGUGCAGUUGGGUGUCUUGGAGGAACGCAAAAAUGCUCAUCCCAUUUGCCUGGAUGACUGCGCCAAUGCCAACGAUGAGCAAAUAAGCAAGAGACGAUUUCUUGAUAAAAUCAAACCAUCGGGAGGUUUCUAUUCAAAGUUCAUCUGGGCUACUGGAGGGCACAGUGCUUCGGCUGGCCAUGGCAACUUAUUCCGAGAAAGCUACACAGCAAACAUGGAUCGGGCUUUGACACCCAUUCUGGCUAGCAUUGGUUUGGAUUUUGAGGCUCGUAAUUAUGCAAUGGGCGGUACUGACUCUGCUGAGGAAGUUGCACUCUGCUGGAAUUCCAUCUUUGGAAGAGAUGUUGAUGCUAUCAGUUGGGAUUAUGGCAUGACCGAUGGACAUGAUUUGUGGAAGGUGACCAUGUAUGCCUACAAGGCUGCAGGGAUCUCUCGCAUUAAGGAUUCUGAAAGCUUGUCGCAACCAGGAAACAUUGGCCAUCGUCCCGCAUUCUUUCCAAUUCAUCAGCAGGGUGGUGUCAACAUGGUAGCCGAGACGAUGCAAAAUCUGGGAAUGGCUUCUCUCGCAUACAAUGAUGUCUACAUGCGUGAAAAGAUACUCUCAGUGGUGCCUGAUAUGUUUGCGUUAAAUGACCAGCAGAUUGAAAGCACACCAAAGUAUGUGCAGUACUUGAAGUGUGAGGGGAAGAUUGAAUCUGGAGAUCCAGGCUGUCAUGACAACAAAUUCAACAAUUCCGUGUGCGAUAACAGAAAGGCGCGAACAAGCUGGCAUCCAGGUUGGAAGUAUCAUGCCCUAAUGGGCAAUCUCAUGGCCAUGACAUUUCUUGAUCUCUUUGAGGAUGCCUUGCAAGGACUGAUUGACAUGGAGUGGGACGUAGCAGGGGAUGACUUGGAUGCUGCCAAAAAGAUUGUGUUGGACAAACUUCAGUCUUUGGAUCAGCAAGAGCAGGAAGACUACGACGGGAUCUUCUCGAAACCAAUGCCUGAGGAAUUCACGCCACACAUUCAACGGUGGUGGUCUGAAUCCCGACGAGCUCAUCUCCAAGACAUGCCCGUUGAAGAUUUCUUCAAGGAGACAAGUUUUUGCCAUUCUGCCCUCUUGCCAUCUGAAAUCCGAUUCAAGGGUCUCGUGACAGAAAACUUUACCAGUGUUGGCACCAUUAUGGAUCAAAGCUUUGAGGAAGGAACUUCAUGGAAGCCAAUCUUUAAGUCUGAAAACCGCCACUUUGGGGGAGAAUCAGAGCCUGUACCAUACGAGGAUCCCAACCCAGAAAAGAACAAUGGAAUCAUGAGGUUGGUAAGGGAAGAUGGUCAACGUCAAGAAUGUGAAGAGUAUGUGAAUUUGGAUUACAAGGACUACUUCUAUGCUGGUAGUGUGGCAGACUGGCAGACCUUGGUGCUGCCAAAUGACUCUGAGAAGAAGUAUUACACUGAGUUUGAUGCAGCCAAGAGCAAGGGAUGGAUUCUGGUAUGCCUGACAAGGUGUGAUUGGGGCCGAUGCCCAGAAUCAGACAUUCACUCCUACUUUGGAUGGGAGCGACCCCGACUUCGGGAGGGAGAAGAGCCACCAUCAGCAGAAGAAAUAGCCAAGAAAGGCACAGUGGAAAUGACCAUCAAUGGUGUCCCUGUGACAGAAGCCUCUGAUAUGCACACCUGUUAUUCCUUGAAGCACAAGGAUGGCCAUGUAUGGAAGCCAAAUUCCAAUGGCCAGUAUGAGAUCAAAACCCGCAUCACGGGUGCUGAAUCUCAUGCCUUUAUUCGCUUCAGUGCCGUUGUUCUUAUUUAG